AUGCCUGAAGCACCCUUUGAAAACCUUCUGGGCCUAUUUACUCAAAUCGGGAAGAUCCAGGAGAUGAUCGAGAAGGGUACUUCUUUGUCGAACAUCCCCGACGAGUUCUUCACCCAUAUCCGCCGCAGUAUAUUCGCCGUCGCCAUCGGAUAUCAGGAUCGGUUUUUGAAGAUUGUUUCUCAAGACAUGAUGAUCCACGAUGUCGCUGCGAUCGUUAAGGACGCCGCUUCGUCCAGUCGCAUAUCACCCACCGACGCGAUUACAAGGUUGCAUUUAUUGUUUCAUCAACGCGAAACGUACUCCCAUAUUUGGAAUGAUCCCACUACACGUUACGGCGCUGCCCCGCACGAGCCUAUCCCCUCAACCGUAAAUAGUUCGACCAUGUAG